AUGAACGAUUUUCUGGUUGCCGCCCUUUAUCUCUUCACGCCUCUCGAUGACUUUGAGGAGAUGCGCGAUCCUCUCAAGGCCUUUUGCGUUGAACACGACGUGCGCGGCAGCCUGCUGCUUGCCGCCGAAGGCAUCAACGGAACGAUUUGCGGCCCGGAAUCCGGAGUUCAGGCCGUGCUUGCGCACUUGCGCGCCGACCCGCGUCUGGAAGGGCUGAAACACAAGGAAGCCUGGACGCAUCGCCACAUUUUCAAAAGGAUGAAGGUGCGUCUGAAGCAGGAGAUCGUGCGUCUGGCAGUCGACGGUAUCGAUCCGAAUGAAAUCGUCGGUGAAUAUGUCAAACCGGAAGACUGGAACGACCUGAUUUCGGAGCCUGAUGUUGUCGUCAUCGAUACCCGGAAUGACUAUGAAUUCGCAUUUGGAACAUUCGAGAAUGCGCUCAAUCCGGAAACACAGUCCUUUCGCGAGUUUCCCGACUGGGUGCACGAGCAGGAGAACCUGAAGAAAAAACCGAAAGUCGCCAUGUUCUGUACCGGCGGCAUCCGCUGUGAGAAGGCGACUGCCUGGAUGCUGAAGAACGGUUUUGACGAGGUCUAUCAUCUGGAAGGUGGCAUAUUGAACUACCUGGAAAAGGUGCCGGAAGACCAGAGCCUGUGGAAGGGCGAAUGUUUUGUGUUUGAUGACCGGGUUUCCGUCGAUCAUCAACUGCAGCCGCGUUGGGGCGAAUGGGUGCCGGAAGAGGCCCGCCACAUCAUCAACGAGGAUACGGAUUACGAGACGGGCACCAGGGAGCAGGCUGUCGCCGAAGAACUGAAAACGGCAACUUCUUAA